CGAAAUCGAUCCUGUUUCUAGCGAGCGCGAGAGCUUUUUUCCUGGUUUGAACAAUAUGCCAAAUCAGAGCAGCAGUUGGAGGAUGUGUCUCCUCUUCAUGCUUUCGCUUAUGGAUGCCGCUUCGGGACAGACUGCUACCUAUUCUGUGUCGGAGGAAUCGGACCCUGGAACCGUCGUGGGGAAUUUAGCUAAAGAUCUAAAUCUUGCUUUGCAAGAACUGGAAUCCCGCAUGUUUCACAUUGCGUCGAACUCCAACGAGAGGUAUUUUGGUGUUAAUCUAAAGACUGGAAUUCUGUACGUGAGAGAAAGAAUAGACAGGGAGGGACUGUGCGCACGCAACGCGAAGUGCGUCUUGCAUCUAGAGGCCGUUGUAAAUUCUCCUCCAAAUCUGUAUCGCUUUGAAGUGAAUGUUUUAGAUAUCAAUGACAAUGCACCCGCUUUUCGUAUGUUAUCCAGUCACAUAAAUGUUUCCGAGUCAGCCUUUCCCGGGGAGCGAUUUAGCUUACCGAAAGCCAGCGAUGCUGAUGUGGGAAGUAAUGCGAUUAAGAGCUACAAACUGAACCCGAACGAACACUUCUCACUGGAUGUACAGAGCGGGACAGAACAGAGUGUAUUUGCUGAGUUAGUACUGCAAAAAACAUUAGACAGGGAAAAGCAGUCUGUGUUUCAAUUGCUGCUUACAGCUAUAGACGGCGGAAAGCCUCCCAGAUCUGGGACUUUACAGAUAAUAAUCAAUGUACUGGAUGUCAACGACAAUGUUCCUGUUUUUAAAAAAACACUUUACAAAGCACACGUUAAAGAAAACGCAGCUUAUGGAACCUCUGUCAUUACAGUCAGUGCUACGGAUCCAGAUGAAGGCCAGAACGGUGAAAUAAUGUAUUCUUUUAUAAACCACGACAGUGACAACAUGGAUGUGUUUGCAAUUGAUCCAGAGACUGGAGAUAUUACGGUGAAAGGCCUUGUGGACUAUGAAGCAAAUGCUGCGAUUGAAAUCCGUGUCCAGGCAAAAGACAAAGGACAAAGUCCUAGAGCAGCGUAUUGUAAAGUGCUCGUUGAAAUCAUUGAUAUGAAUGAUAAUUUUCCGGAAAUCUCAAUAACAUCCCUCAUUAAUACUGUAAAAGAGGACGCUGCUAUUGGGUCAAUGGUUGGGUUAAUUACCGUGAGAGAUAAAGAUGGUGGUAAAAAUGGUGCUGUACACUGUAAUGUAUCAGGAUCUAAUCUUUUCAAACUGCAGUCCUCCUAUAAAAACUAUUAUUCACUAGUAGUUGACGGGCCGCUGGACAGAGAAAGCUCUUCUCAGUACAACGUCACCAUCACAGCUACCGAUGAGGGAACCCCACCUCUUUUCAGCACCACUGUUAUUACUGUACACGUUUCUGAUGUGAAUGACAACGCACCACGUUUUCCGGACGGGGAGUUUGAUGUUUACGUCAAAGAAAACAGUCCAGUUGGAACACUGAUGCAAACGAUGACUGCGUCUGAUUCUGAUGCCAAAGAAAACGCGCAAGUUACUUAUUCAUUGUUAGACAGUAAUAAUAAAGGAGUGCCUAUUUCUACUAUGGUAAAUAUAAACUCUGCUACCGGGGACAUUUACAGCAUGCAGGUUUUUAACUACGAGGAGGUAAAGAUGUUCCACUUCCGAGUUCAGGCUACAGACUCUGGUGUUCCUCCACUGAGCAGCAACAUGACCGUGAACGUUUUUAUCCUGGACGAAAAUGACAACGGGCCUGGGAUUCUCCCUCCCUAUUCUGACCAGGGUUCCGUUAACACUGAGAGCAUCCCAUACUCUGCUGAAGCGGGAUACUUUGUGGCCAAGAUCAGGGCUGUGGACCCAGAUUCUGGAUAUAAUGCGCUGCUCUCUUACCACAUCGCUGAACCUAAAGUAUCCAACCUGUUCAAAAUCGGGACGAGUACUGGUGAGAUAAGGACCAAGAGACGAAUGAGUGACGAUGAUUUGAGGACCCAUCCGCUGGUCAUUUUGAUUUCUGACAAUGGCGAACCUUCCCUGUCAGCAACGGUUUCCAUCGAUGUUGUGGUUGUGGAAAGUAACGAUGAAACUCAGACUCCGUUCAGACAGCGACCGAUGAAGGAGGAGAGUUUUUCCAGUUUGCAUCUGUAUUUGCUCAUCGCUAUUGUAUCUGUGUCGUUAAUAUUUUUACUAAGCGUCGUCAGUUUAAUAGCACUGAAAUGCCACAGGACAGACAACAGCUUGAACAGGUACAGCGCCCCAGCGAUCACCACACAUCCUGAUGGAAGCUGGUCUUACUCUAAAUCUACUCAGCAGUACGACGUGUGUUUCAGUUCAGACACUCUGAAGAGUGACGUAGUGGUUUUCCCUCCAGCCUUUUCGACUGCAGAUGUGGAUCUAAUCAGCAUUAAUGGAUCUGACACUUUGAAACACGUUCAAACGCUACCCAAGAGCGAAAAGGUAAGAAUAGUCCAACUUAUCGUUUAUUUUACAAUGGUUUUCAUUUCCUGACUUUUCCUUUUCCAUUC